AUGGGGACUCCUAAAAGAACUGUCCCUAACAUAUUGAUAACAGGAACGCCGGGCGUUGGUAAAUCUUCAAUAUCACGGUUAUUGUCGGAUAGAACCAAGUUCGAAUGGAGGGAAGUGUCAAGACUCGCUGAAGAAUACAACUGUCUAGACGAAUAUGAUCCAGAAUAUCAAUGUCCUUUUCUGAAUGAAGAUAAGCUUUUAGAUAUUAUGGAGGGCAUGAUGUCUAAAGGGGGUAACAUUGUUGACUACCAUGGCUGCGAGUUCUUCCCAGAGCGCUGGUUUGAUGCAGUUUUUGUCAUAAGAACUAAUAACACUGCAUUAUAUGAUAGGCUGAAGGCGAGGGGAUAUACUGGCAAGAAAUUAGAAGAUAAUAUACAGUGUGAAAUAUUUGAAACUUUGUUAGAAGAAGCACAGUCUUCUUACAAGCCAGAAGUUAUACAAGAGCUAUACAAUGACACGGAAGAUCAAUUGGAAACCAAUGUUAAUAUAAUUGCAGAGUGGAUAGAGAGGUGGAAAGAAGAAAAUAUG